UGCACAUGUGAGACCGUUUGACGUCACGUGUUGUUAAACAAUGAUGUGAUCGGUUUCCAGAUCCUAAGAUGGUACAUGAGUAACUUACCUGCUUGUGUUCGGACAAGGCUAGACUAGACAUACAUUACUUUAGUUUUACAGUCAACUAGCUAAUUUCAGGCAUUUCUUUCCCUCGGAACAAAGAAUUACUGUACCCGAAGAUCACCAAACAUGUUACUGCGGAAAGUGAGCCAAACCCCUGCUAUGUGUAGCUCUGUUCUACGUAUUUCACCUGCCUUAGUUGGACUGGGAGCCAGACGUACAGCCAGUGCCUUGGUAACAGUUCAGAAUGCCCGACCCUACGCAACUCAAACUGCGGAGGCUGUCCUGGAGAAACCUGCCGUGGGUAGUGACACCUCCAUUUCCAAAGCUACUGUGGACAAGACAUCUCUCAGCAUAGAAUCCAAGUCGUUUGCCGUCAACAUGUUCAAGGGUCAGAUCAGUACAGCUCAGGUGUUUCCCUACCCCGCCGUGUUGGACGAGGAGCAGGAGCAGUUCCUCAGAGAACUGGUCGGACCUGUGUCCAAGUUUUUCGAGGAGGUGAAUGACCCCAUGAAGAACGACACUCUGGAGAAGGUGGAGGACCACACGAUGGAGGGUCUCAAGGAGAUGGGGGCCUUCGGUCUCCAGGUGCCCACUGACCUGGGAGGCCUGGGGCUCACCAACACACAGUAUGCCAGGUUGGUGGAGAUCGUGGGCAUGCACGACCUAGGCGUUGGCAUCACCCUGGGUGCCCACCAGUCCAUCGGCUUCAAGGGCAUCCUGCUGUUUGGCAACCCUGCCCAGAAAGAGAGGUACCUUCCCAAGCUGGCCACGGGAGAGACAAUAGCAGCGUUCUGUCUGACGGAGCCAGCCAGUGGUUCUGAUGCUGCUUCUAUCAGGACCACGGCAGUCCAGUCUCCCUGUGGACAGUACUUCACUCUCAACGGCAGCAAGAUCUGGAUCAGUAACGGAGGUCUGGCAGAGAUCUUUACUGUGUUCGCCAAGACCCCAGUGAAAGACCCCAAGACAGGACAGAUGAAGGAUAAGAUCACAGCCUUUGUGGUGGAGAGGAGCUUCGGGGGAAUCACACAUGGCCCACCAGAGAAGAAGAUGGGCAUCAAGGCGUCCAACACGGCGGAGGUGUACUUUGAGAACGUGCGCGUGCCCGCCGACUGCGUUCUGGGAGAAGUGGGCGGCGGCUUCAAGGUGGCCAUGAACAUCCUGAACAACGGACGCUUCGGCAUGGCCGCCGCCCUCUCCGGCACCAUGAAGGGUGUCAUCGGCAAGGCUGUGGACCACGCGGCCAACAGAACACAGUUUGGCAGCAAGAUUCACAACUACGGUGCCAUCCAGUAGAAGGUGGCACGCAUGGCCAUGCUGCACUACGUAACCGAGGUGCAAUCUCACCUAGUGAGUGGCAACAUGGACAGUGGGGCGAAGGAGUUCCAGAUCGAGGCGGCCAUCAGCAAGAUCUUGUUGAGGCAUGACACCUGGACAGUAACAGACGAGUGUAUUCAAGUCAUGGGCGGAAUGGGUUUCAUGAAGGUGAGUGAGUGCAUAAGCAUACAGUUAAGUACACUCUUUGCAAGCGUACUUGUCAUAAGUAUACACGUCCCAUGCAUCCUCGUCACUCCAAUGUUGAGGCCUAUCGACAUCGACAGACAUGCUUGUGUUUGUGACUGUCACUAUAAGACAACAGCCUCGCCUGGCUUCACAUACAGCAGAGUUGAGAGAGUGAUGAGGGACCUGAGAAUAUUCCGGAUCUUUGAAGGCACCAACGACAUUCUCCGGCUCUUCGUGGCUCUCAAUGGCUUCCAGAAUGCUGGUAACCAUCUGAAGAGCUUGCAGAAGGCUCUGAAGAACCCACUGGGCAAUGCUGGGGCGUUGGCUGGAGAGAUCUCCAAGAGGGCCAGGAGGAAGGCAGGCUUUGGCACAGGACUGACUCUUCAGGGAACCGUGCACCCAGAGCUGGCGCACAGCGGAGAACUGAUGGUGAAGGCCAUUGAGCAGUUUGGCGCCAUCGUGGAGGAGCUUCUGCUCAAACACGGAAAGAAGAUUCUAGAUGAGCAGUUUGUUCUCAAGAGAGUGGCAGACAGUGCCAUCGACCUGUAUGCCAUGGUGGUUGUCCUGUCCAGGGCGUCUCGUUCCCUGAGUCAGGGUCACCCCUCAGCCCAGCAUGAGAAGGUGCUGUGUGAGACCUGGUGUGUUGAGGCCCAUGGGAGGAUCGUGCAGGACGUCCGGUCUCUCCGCUCCGGCCGAUCCACGCAGCUCUUCAAGAACCUGCGGGCCAUCUCCGCCGCCGUGGUGGAACGGGGGGGGGUGGUCUCCCCCCAUCCUCUCGGCUUCUAAAACAGAGGGACGGUUCUCUCUCUCUCUCUUUUUACCCUCUUUUUUCAUUUCAUUCUAUUCUCAGUCUCGGCCCAUGCCCUGCUCCUCCCCUCGUAGUUUGGCUGUCAUUCUGUUCCUCCCUCCUUUCCGCUCCUCUUCUCUAUUCUGU